AUGAAGGUCGUGAGGUUUCCCCUGUUGAUGCUGUGCAUGAUGGAGUUCUUCGGAUGCACCCACGGUUUUCACUUGAACUUCGGCGAUAGUCUAGGAAUUUCAGCAGGUGUCGCACACCAGUCAUCGUUGAAGUGCAUUGUUGGGAGCAAGCGCUUUCGAAUCUGUCAGAAAAUGAGACCUAGUCUGUCUCAGGCCUUGCAAGCCAGCGACAGGUCGGGAGUAGACACAAACCAUGCCAAGAAAUCAGAAGCGUAUCAAGGGUCGACAGCUCGGAGUAUGCUCAACUUCGGCCUCUCAAACCUCCGACUUGUUUCCCCCGUCUGCGAUCAUCUCAGCGACGAUGCGCUUGCUCGGGCAGCGGGGGCCAGAGACGUUCUUCAGAACGCUCGCGUGUUUCCGAGUGUGGAGGAGGCUGUGGAGGACUUACAGAGUGUGUUCGCCACGACGGCGAGGCUAAGAGAUAUGCAACAUAAGGUCCUGUCGGCGGAGGACGCGGCCAGGGAAGCGAUUCACAUAUCCUCGCAGUCUUCGCAGAAGACAGGGUUCUUGUUUGGGCCGGAGAGCAGCGGAUUGUCGAACGCUGACCUCGCGCUCGUGGACUGCAUUGUCCAGAUCCCGACCAACCCUUUCUUCUCCAGCCUCAACCUGGCACAGGCAGUCAAUCUUAUUUCUUAUGAGUACCAGAAGGCAAGAAACUCCUAUAGCAAGACUGUUGGCGAUCAAGCGUUCUCCCUUCAAGUUUCUGACAAGAGCAUCGGGCCAAAAGACAACAUUGCAGACAAGAAGCUCCUUCUUGAUUUCUUCACACGUCUCGAGGAAGCUAUGAAUGAUAGCGAAUUUGUUGUUGAUGCCUCUAAACGAGAGAUAGUCUACCAGAAUAUCAGAAAUGUUUUUCUGCGUUCACAGAUGACAAUUAGAGAGGUUGGUACUUUACAAGGAGUUGUGACGGCAUUGACCGGCGGAAAGAAACGAAAGCGAGAUUGA